AUGUCCUUUCUUCUCGCGCGUCUUCCGCUCCAAGGACUCCCUCGAAGAAGCUGGCAGGCUGAACGGGCUUCCGCUGAGCCUGAGAAGCCGACAUGGACGGACGCAAUGGCUCCGCACAGAGAUAGAGCCAGACGAGCCCUGGAUAUACCGUUCUUGUUGCUGCCCUUCAGGCCGACCUCUGAUCCCUCUGCGGCAAAGACCUUCAUACGCAACUUCUUCUCGCCCCCGCCAGAGCGGACGGACAGGCCGGGGCCGCUGCAGGGGAGCCAGCUCGCCCAGGAGCUGCGUCUCUCAGAGCCAAUGGUCCUGUGUAGUGUGAUGAAGUGGUGCUGGGCUAGACUGCCCGGUGGUGUUGUUACCUGGGAGGCCUACGAGCUCUUCAAAGUCGGCGAGAAUGAUGCCCAGUUUGCGAGAGACGCCUUUUCGACCUUCAUCCCCCUCAGCGUCGACUCGGAUGCUCGCACCAAGAUCAUCUUCGCCUUCUUCGACCUCAUGGCUGCCAUCGCGGCCCACGGUAAAUCCAAUGGCCUCGGAGGACGAAAGCUGUCCAGAUACGCUGGAUGGUGGGCCUUUGAGCACUCAGACACCGGCAAGGGCUUCGAGGCCAGCUACAAGACAUGGAACACAGCUGCGGAUGCCACAAGCCACCUGUUCUUUGCGUACCUGAGGUCGCAGGCCCCUGAUUCCCUGCGAGGCACCAACGGCAUCUCGACCCUCCCCCUUUCCUUGCAGAACCUCGUCCGCGCCACAGAGUACCCGCCAGAGACGCCCUCUUUGCUCCAGACGACCACCACAAAGGUCGUCAUGCUCGUGGACGUCGUCUCGCCCACCCCCUUUGCCCUCUUGCGCCGCGUCAGGAACUUCGAGUACCGCGCAAGUGACCAUGCCCUGCAGCAGUUCGCCAGCUACGAGGACCCCCAGGAUGCCCUGACCGAAGAGUGCAAGCGUGUCCUCUGCUGCAUCGCUACCACAAACCAGUCUGAGGUCUCCACUUCCGUCAAGGCCUCCACCAGCCUGCAGGACGCCUCCUGGUCUCGCUUCGAAGAUAUCGGCUUUGGAGGCGCCAUCGAAGACGACCUGGACGGAGACGGCAACAACAAGAAGACCAGCAGCACCCCCAUGGGACUCAGGUCUGCUCCCGAGUCUCGCACCGCUGACUUUGGCCGGCCUACCACUCCCUCCUGGGCUGACUUCCUCUCCUCUGGCUUCUCGGAGGAGAACGGUGCCAAGUCGCCCACCACUCUCCUGCUGCCCCCUGACAAGAUCCUGCCUCCCCUGCAGGCAGUCCGUGGCCAGUCCUCCCAGUCUCACAAGCGCGGAGGGCUCGAUGACGGUUCCAUGCUCGAUCCCGGUGAACUCGCCAGCAUCUCCACCCUCGACCUCGACGACUCCUUCUGGUGGGUUUGGGUCAGCAGUCUGUCAGGCGAAGAGUCCGCUGUCCGAAAGGCCGUCUUUGGCAGAUGCGCCUUGCUCGAAACCAUCAUCCCGGGGGGCAAGUGGCUCAUCCUCGAAGAGCAGAUCAAAGGAUCUGCCCCUGAACCAGACGCCAACGCCUACAUCGCGGAGAAGAAGACCUUCUUCGGCUUCAAGACCCGCAAGGGCAGACUCGGCAGAAGCAAGACCAGCGCGAAGAAAGUAGGCGGCCUCAUCGGAGAACAGUACAACAACGCCAACGGCACUGCUCCGUCCAGCAAAGCCAGCAUAGGACCCGACCAGCAUGCUCGUAUCCAGGCUGCUGCCGCUGCUCUCCAGCGCAAGAGACGGGAACAGGAACUCGAAGAAGCAAACAAGGAACGCGCAAGGUCCGAGAUGAACCAGACCUCCAAGACUAACUCUGUCCACACCCUACAGCCAGGCAUGAUAACAGAGAUGUCCCAGGCCAUGAAGUGGGCCAGCAACUACGACAAGAACAACAUCCGCAACGCUUACUUGGAGAACUCCCUUGCUGGAACCGGCAAGCCCGCUACAAGUCUCGACAUGGGAAGCCGGUCGAGAUCCUCUACAGACCAGAACAAGCCAGAGGUCCCACCCAAGCACGAGAGCUCGACUUCCAGCCGUGAUAUACCCUCUAUCCGGGAUCGUCUGCCCAGGUCUACCACUGCGUCACCUAGCCCGGACACUCCGCCAAAGCACGACAUGGCCAGCAGCAUCAACUUUGACAAGCCCACUCCUCCAACUCCCCCAGUUGCUGCCACUGUUACUUCUGCUACUACCACUGUUGCUAGUCCCGCCGCAUCUACUCCUGCUGCAUCUACGCCAGCAACGGCCUCGCCCAGCCCAACUCCAGCCCGCGUUGCAUCUCCAACCCCAGCAACAGAAGAGUCCGCGGCAGACGACAGGAAGGUAAAGAAGAAGCCAGGCAACGCCGGCCUGAAGGGCAUGUUCGGUGGCUCCAAGGCCGACCCCUCCGAAAAGGAGUCCGCCGUAGCUGCUGCCCGUGCUGCGCUCGAGGGCAGAUCAGCUCAGUCUCAGUCUCAAUCUCAAUCCCAGCAGCGCUCAGCCAACUCCUCGCCCGCUUCUUCUUCACGGAUCCCACAUACCCGCCGUCUAUCCGGUUUCGGCCUAAAGAAGUUCCAGGAAGAGAGCCAGAAGGCCAAACAAGCUGCCACCGUAGAGCGCAAGCCAGUCAAGCCUGUUGCUGCCGCCCCAGCUCCGGCCCCAGCUCCAGCUCCAGCUCCCGUACCCGUACCAGCUAAGGAACCUCGCGUCUCUCCUCCGCCACCAGAGAGCCAGCGUCCAACCGCCAACAUGGAGUCUACCCCCGUCUCCCCUGUUUCCCCCAUCGACAAGAAACCAGACACAGGCGCCUUCUCUUCCUUCUCCCACCAGAGCCCCAUAGUCGACCAGCCAGCCUUCUCGCCCAUCGAGACUCCCUCCCCCGUUGAACCCGAGCCAAAGGCCGCUCCAGUUACCGUUCCAGAGUCAAAGACUCUCAACGGCCAGGCUGAAAAGGAGCUUCCUGUCCGUACCCCUGAGCCGCAGCCACAGACGCAGCCACAGGCCGAUCCAGCGCCAGAGCCAGAGGCCGAGCCCGAAGUCCCUGCUCUAGACCGGUGGGCUCAGAUCCGCAAGAACGCCGCUCAGCGCGCCGCUGCCCCUGACGCUGCCGUCUCCGCUUCCCCGGCCCCUACCCCUGCGCCCGCUGCUGCUGCUGCUCCCGCUUCUGCGCCAAGGCAACCUACUCAGCAAGAAACGAUUGAAAUGCGAGCCGCACGCAUCAAGGCCCGAGUUGCCGAACUGACCAAGAACAUGGAAUCUUCUCGCGCCAACUAA